AUGCCUCAAGAAAAGGGUGAAAACAGAGGCCAGCAAGCCCCUUCCGUCAGAGCCAAGACCCACGCCACGCAAAAGGCCUCCCACAGCGACAUGGGCCCUACUGAACUUUUGGGUGAACAUAUGGACUCUUCCGGCAACCCAGUACCCGACCCUCGACCUCUCAGAGACGAUGAUACCGACUUGGUGGAAGCUAUGACCGCCGAAACUUCAGACUUUGAAGAGUAA